AAAUAUUAUAUAUAUGUACAUAAAAAUGUAGCGAGCGCUGCCGAGACGCGCAAACGAGCGAACAGCACCCCACAGCGGGCUAUGUACACACACACUUUCGUACCAUGAUGGAGGCAGCUAGCCGUCGCGGCGGCGUAGCGCUGAGGCAGGCAACGAACAAACCAAACCGAACGAACCUACGAGCAAAUGAACGUGUAGCGCACGAACGGCCAGCCAGCAGUACUACGGCCAAGCAUUUCAUUUAGCAAAAGCAGUUUUUAGUUUCGAGUUUUGUGCUGUCGCUGUUAGUUCGGCCGCAAAUUGAAGUUUAGUUCCUUUCUGGCUGCUGUCAAAUGUCGUCAUGUUUUCUUGAACGUACGCGCGACGCGGCAAUAAACAACAAAACAUAAAAUCCAAGCACUAAUUUGCAAACAGCAAACAAGUAAUUUGUGAAAGACGUGACAAGUGAAAGAAAUCUAGAAAUUCACAAAACAAUAAAUUAAAUUAAUUAAUUGAAAAUAUUUGGAACAAAAUAAUAACAAUUAAGUGAAACAAUUAAGACGCGCUGUCAACGCUAGCACAUUGGAUUACGGCGUUUGACUGAUAAAAAAAUUAUAAAAUAAAAUUAACAGCAACAACAAUUCAGGCAUUGCUUAAUUUAAUUAAAUGCCAAUUGAUUGAAAAUUUAUUAAAUAAUUAAUUCCAGCAAUGCAAACAGUUGUGGGCAGCAUUUCGAGUGAAGCGAGUGAUAACAACAUAUUUUGGAAGCACUAAAAAUUUUCCGAAAAUUCAUAAACUCUAGUGUGCAGUGCAAGGCAGUUGAAGCAGAAUAAACAAAACUGAAUUGUGAAAGUUUUUAUGCACGAAACGGAGGAAAAUUAAUUCAAAUUAAGUGCAAGUGACAAAAAAAUUGCAGCAGUCAACAAAAUUGUUACAAAAAACAAAUUAAAUUUUUACAGCUAACCGGUUCGUGCUCGAGUGAUUUGCACAACAAAACAAAAGCACAGCAACAACAACUGGUGUACUGUUUGUUUGUGUUGCAGCGGUGAAAUUUUGUUUGACGAAAGCCAAGAAAUCUAACAAUAGCAAGAAAGCCAGUUGCGAAAAAUUGGAGCAAUGCAAAAAAAGUGCUGGCAACGCAACAAAAAUACUUCAAAAAACAACAGCUAACAGUGUGAAGUAGAAAAAUUAUUUAAACAAAAAUUUUGCAAUCAUUUUUUCCUGCAAAACAUAGAAAUCAGAAAUUUUAUGAAAAAAAAAAACAAAAACAAACACAACAACAACGCACAAUUUACGCUGAUAAGCCGCAAUCUCUAACAAGGCACACGCCAUACAAAAUUAAUAAGAAUGUUAAGUGAUUAAAUUUGAGCAAAAACUAGGCGAAAGCAAAGACAUUUUUUAAACAAAAAGUUGAAAUUGUGGCAAAAUCAAAAAAAAUUCAAAUACAAGCACUAAAAUUGUGAGUGAGGCCAACAAAAUCGCGAAAGUGUGACAAAAUAAAAUAUUUUAUAUACAAAAACAAAAAUUGUGAAAGAAAACAAAUUUCAAAAAAAAAAUUAAAUAAAAUUUCCGCAAAAAGUAAAAUUGUGUUGGCAACAAUAAAAACUCGUCAAUUCGUUGUUGGACCAAAAGAUUGUGCGUGAGCAAAGUAAAUGUGCAGCGUUUAUGCCUUAAAUGCAAUUGCUGACUGCUAAAAUUCCUCAACGAACGCCAGCACGCACCACAACGCUGAGCGGUCACACACACACUCACAUAUAUGCUCAAGCAGUAACUGUGUGAGCGAUAAGUUGCAAGCAACAAAAGAACACGUGCAGCUGACUAGAGCGAGCAGCAACAGCAGCAGAUAAGCCAUAAAAUGUAAACAGCAGCUAAGGCAACAACAAAAACAAUAACAAACAGCAUUCGCAAAAUAGUGCAGAAAGAUUUAAGUGUGUGAAUGUGAAAAGAUAACGACGAAAUCAACCUAAAUUCCAAGUUCCUCAACUCAAAUGUAAUUCGAAAGGAUUUUCAACACUUCAACAGUAUUAUUGCAAAACAAAAAUUUAAGUAAUUACAACAACACAAAUUCCUAAUAAUUAAAAGUGUAAGCGAAAAGAAAUUUUGUGCUGAAAACAAAUUGCGAACAAAAACAACAAGAAAAGUCAACAGAACACACAGUAUCGUCUAAAAAUCCAACAACAACAAAGAAAACAGUGUAAAUUGCCUAAGCAUUUUCGGUGUGUUGAUUGAUUGGUGCAAGCGGCCGCAAGAAAGCCAGUGUUAAUGUGUGUUUUUUCGAGCGAUGCAACUGAUUGUUGACAAAAUUCCCAUGUUUUCGAAACAAACAACGAAACGCAAUUCCAAAAAGUAAGUUUGGCCCAACAAAAUUGUUAAUUAUUUAUUGAAUUAAAAAAUAUGAAAUACUUUCCUUUACUGUGCCGUAAGAAAUACGAAAUAAGUAUUAAUUUGUAAAUCGAAAAAAAUCGAAAUUCGAAAAAAAGUAUUUAAAUACAAACACCAAAAAAUAAUAAUUACUUGCAGAGCCGCCCUGAGGCAGAAAAAAUUCGCGCUCUCUAUUUCCAUGUGUGUGUGUAAUUGGUGAAGUGACAUUAUUUGCACGAAAAAGUACCGUAAUAAUAUUUUGCACUUCAGAAACUAGUACGAAAUACCAACAACAAUAACAAAAGCAACAACAACAACAACUAAAACAACAAAUCGUUUACAACAACAAUAAAUUCAAAUUUUGGCUAUCAGCACAACAACAGCAGUUACUGCCAUUUGCACAACAACAAAAACACAAUUGCAUUGAUACUGCUCCUACCACGGAUUUCUUAAUUGAAAUUUAGGUAAUACACAUUCAUUGACUGAAUUUGCAAACCUAAAUAGCCGUUUUGUUCUUUUGAACUUUCUAAGUGUCAGUUAAAUUCUUUGUUAAAUAAAAUUGACUUUUGUUGUUGUAAUUUUUUAGUAAACUAAUUUUACUGCCUAAUUUUUGAAUGCUGCUACUUUAUUUUUCCAAAUUGUUUGACCAAUCAAAUAUUAAGUGUUUUCGUAUAGUUGUUGUUGUAUAUAUUUUAAACAUAUCGAUUUUUCAGUCGUUAUUAGUUUUAUUAAUUCGUUCGAUGUCUCCUACUUAUGUAUACAUAAGUAGUAAACUUUUUCAUUAACGAAUUUUUUUAGAAAAAUUGUUUGUGUUAUUUUCUUAAGCGUGAAUUGAAAAAAAUAUAUAUAUUUAUAAAAAAAUAAUAGUGCAAUUUGUUGUAGCGAAAAAAUAAAUUUUUACGCCUAUUGUUGUUUGUUGUUUAUUGAUUUUUGUUGUUGUGAAAAUUAUGUUGUAGUUGGUGUGUGUGGAAUUUUUAAUGAAAAUUCAAAGGUAAAUUUUGAUUUAUGGCUUAUAUAAAAGAAAAAUUAAAAAUGAUAUCUGACUUAAACCGCUUACCAAACGAAAAUGAAAAAUUUUUAGUUUGCAUGAGUCAUAAAAAAUAUUUAAAAUACAUUUUUUUACAAAAACUAUUAACUGAAAAUAAAUAAAAAAAUGAUAUAACCUUUCUAUAUCAAAAAAAAAAUUUAUAAAUAUUUUAAUUUUUUUUUUGAAAAUGUUAUAAACUGCCUUUUUUGGAAUAUGUUACAUAAUUUAUUCCAUUUAAGUCCUUAAGAAAAUAUGCUUCUAAAUGUCAAUAACUACACUCGUACCCUUGCCCACCACUACUCGUUUAUAUUGAUCCUAUACUCACUAUAACUGCAAAACACCUGCAAAGAUUUUAUUAGAAUUUUACUAAAUCAAAUAGACAAAACGAUUUGUUUUAUUAGUCCUGGCAGGUUCCGUAAAAAAUUCAUUUCGUUUUUUUUUCAAAUUUAAAAAUCAAAAUCCUAAAUUCUAAAGGCCCGUAACUUCUCAUGACAAUCCGAAGAAUUUAAGCAUAGAAGUGGUGUUCGUGGCAAGAACAAGAAGUCGAGUUCGUUUGUUUGCGAAAUAUCUCGAAUAAAACGUUGCUCUCUGCAAAAAUCAGAGCAGUACAAAAAAGCCCACUAUGGCGAAGUAUUCUUGCCACGACACCCCCUUUCUAUGUGAGCAUUGUCAGGCACGCGGUUUAAGCUCAGUGAGAGUAGAAGACCCAAGACUAGAACUGUUGCGUGUCAAAGAACGUAAGGUCUUACGUAUAAAAUCCGAACCUCGCCCUUGUGGGAGUGAAGCAAAUAACAACAGCAAACACAAUUUUGAUCAAAAGGUAACUCAAACGCACAAAAGGCCGAAAAUCACAGCAAAUGUCACACAUUUUCCGAAUGGGAACUAUGCAAAGGAGAUGAAGAAGCAAGAAACAGAACAAGAACCUUCUACCUCAAAAGCGUAUUCAUUAAGAGAACGUACGGAACGAAAACAGCGCUCUUUGCCAGAAGAGGCGACUAUAAGUAAAAGAAAUGAAAGAAAUUCCCCCAAGUUAUGGGGGCCUCUAAAGCGCACAGUUUCGAAAAUACCUAAAGGGAGCGACACAGACGACACAGGUAUAACAAGAAAACUCCAAAUGAGAGAGUCAAGUAAAAAGCGAAAAGUAACACACAUUCCGGAACAAUACCCUGACGAAACACAUACAGAUAAAAGAUCAGAGAGAGUCGUUAAUAAGUAUGAAUCAACUAAUUCGACAACAGAAGAAACCACAAGCUCUUCAGAAUACUCUCAAGAGCAAAUGAUAUCCGUAAUAAAUGGAAAGAGUGAUGACAGUGAGUUAGAACGGUGGUAUAUAUAUAGAAAACCUGAAUCGAAAUCAAAAGAAAGAGGAACUAAACCUUCAGUAAUACCAGUGAGAAAAUGUAAGGAAACAACAAGAGUAUCGGCAACAACAUCUUCAAGCAGUGGUCAAGAAAUAGAAACGACUAAACCAUUUAAAGAAAGUGCUUCAGAAUACAAAUUGUUAAGAGUUUACCAAAUAAGUCCAUCAACGGGCACAAGUCCAAGUAGUAUAGAACAAAAGCUUUCAGAACACCAAGAAGUUGAAGAUCCGAAAGAUGAUGAAAAUGUGUCAGAGACAGACAUUAAAGAAUAUAUUUCAAAAACGAAAACUCCACCCCCGAUAAAGCCGAAACCAAAAUAUAAUAAAAUGAAAAUUGAAGGAAAUAAAGAGGACCAUGAGAAAUGCAAUAAUUAUUCGCCGGGACUAGAACUUCCAGAAAACAUCAUAACUAAAAAGUUGGAUUUCGAACAAAAAUAUAGUAGUAAAAAAUCCAUACGACAGUCGACAUUAAAAGAAUCUCUAAGUAGAAAAUCAAUAAUAAUUAUAUCAAAUCAAGGGAGUGAUUUUCGUUCGCCGAAACCAGAGCUCAGUACAGGAAGCAUGCAUUCCACUUCAUAUAUAUUACAGAGAAAAUGUGAACUGUUUGAAUCAAGUAUUAGAAUUAGUGCACCGAAUUCUUCACAAGAAACUGCGGCAACACAAUUAUUCGAACCGGUUAAAGAUACUCAAAUAACCACCAAAUAUUCUGAUUGCUCUUGCGAAAGUUCUUCUCAAAAAACAGAAUCUCAGCAGAAAUAUGGCGCUACCAGUACUUCUGAUAGCAUUCAAGAGCUCGACAAUGACGAAACUUUGAAUGAAAGCUCUUAUAUUCCCAUAAUAAAAAACGACUCAUUUGAAUCAAUUCAGCAAGAUUGUAGUAUUGAAAUGGAUCAAGAACGCUCGGCAGAAGUCGUUGAAAACAUGAUAGAUCGGCGUGACAGUCAUGGCACAAGUACUGAGAGUAAUUUAUCCGAAAAUUUGAAAGAUUGUGAACGAUUCAAAAACUAUCGCUCGAUAACAAAACUUCGUCGUCGGUCAAAUGUACCAGCAGUAGAAAACUCAGAUGACCAUCCCUUACCCUUAAAAAGACACGAUAAACUAGAGAAACAACUGUUAAAUGAAAAUAGGCAACGGCAGUUAAGUAAGAUGUUAAGAAGCGACAGUGAUGAACCACAAGAUUCCUUAUCAAAGAUUUUCGAGCAAGCCAAGAAAAAUUAUAAGGAAAGAAAAUUAUUGGAAGAAGCAGAAUUAUUAGAACAGAAAAUGCAAAGUUUUCGCCGGUAUGAAUAUAUACCCGAUCUAGAUGAAAAAAAUUACCCAUGUGAAGAAAAUGGAAGUGAAAAACCUUACAAAAAGCAACAUACUGCAUCUGAAAGUUUUAAGUCUACUGAAGAUCCCCUAAGUUGCCAAUGUCCAGAGCUGAGUACUAUUAUCGAAAGUACCAACAGUAAACAAUUUAAGAAUUCAGCACCCAAAAGGCAAGAACGUCAACAAGAAAGUACUGACUAUGAAGCUAUAAAGAGUGCACGAGAUGUAGCAGAAGUCACCGAGUUGAAUGAAUAUAGACAAGGCAGCGAUUUAGACAAUCGACUUUUGAAGCCAUUUAAGUAUCCAACAUGCUUAUAUGAAAGGCUAUCAAAAUAUCAACGAAUGAGCGAACCGUGGACCACGCGGACAAAGUCGGUACGGUCUAAGGAAACACAAACUUUACCGGAAGUGGAACAUGCUCGCUGGGAGAAUUCAAAAACAACAACACCUAACAGAGCAUUACAAAAACAAAAGUCAAUAAAUAGUGUAUCGGAAGAAAGCGAACGAUCGCUAGAGAUCAUACUCGUAUCUGAUAAACAAAGGUGUUUGGCUGAAAAGCAAGAUCCAUUCAAUGAUCUAACUAGAACGAAGAAAACGAUUGUAGAAGCGACAACAGAGAAUUUGUUAACGAACCACAAACAAUCAUUCGAUCUGUUAAGCCCCAAAUCAUCACAAGAUCACACAGAAUCUAGAAAAGACUCAGCUUUAAAACAGGAAGAUGCGGGCAUAAGUUGGGGUUCGGGAAACCGGAGAGAACGUGUAACUUCGGAAAACAUAAAUUUGGGAAAUAACGUUACAAAGAAGGAGAGACAAAGUCCAUAUUGCAGGAAUCCACCAAAUAAGCUUACCAAAAGCAAAGAAAAACAUAAAACUCACAAAGAAAAUAAAAUGUUUGAAAAUAAAAAGCAAACCGAUUGUGACUGUGCCAUGGAAAAGGUAGUUGAGGAGAGCACAUUACUGAAUAGUAAAAUGCUUGCAAAAAAGAUGAAGGAAAGAAUUGAAGAAGACGCCUUGCAAAGAAAAAACAAGAAAAGGGAAGAGGUGCGACUAAUGAAAAACAGAUCGUCAGCGGAAAAUGUCAUUCGAAGGAAACAGGAAAAGAAGUUAAAAAAUAAAACAGAAAACAGUUGCGAUGAAUGAUGAAAAGGUUUGGGUGCAAUGAAAUACACGGACAAUUAAAAAAUGGUUUAAGCGAAGAAAACAUGGAGAGGGAACAGGAAUAAAUGAUUAUAAGGAGAGUGAUGAACGUUGAAAAAGCAAGCCGGCAAAAUUAUACGCAAUAACAGUUAUCAGAACCAAUAAAAUAACAACAAAAACAGCUGACUACGAAUGUUCAUAUUCCUAUAAAGAAACUACUGAUAUAUUUAGUCGCUUGAAACUCUAGUACACAACACACAUAUGUACAUACAUUUGUUUGACUGUUCUCUCAAAAUGCUUUUGUAGACAUUUCGAACUAAUUUUUUAUUAAGAAAAAAUCGUCUUUCCAAACAACUUUCCUCUGUGACAUGACGCCAUAAAGUACGCCAAAUAACCAAAACAAACGCGCUUAGCUGCUGCAAAGACACUACGCCGCGGUCUCAAAUAUUUUCGCUUUUGCCCCAAAUUUCGAAAAAAAAAUUC